AAUCAACGACCUCUCACAGUCCCUCCCUCCAAACUAUAACCGUCUCUUCGCAAUUUUUUAUUUUUUUUUCUUCACAAAACCCAUUUUUUAAAUACAAAAAAAGAAAUAAUAAUAUUUAAUUAUUGCCUCAAAUACAGAUUCCUUUCUCCCUCUCCUUCUCGGUAUUUGCUUCAAACUCUGACCUCCCGCCGGAAAACUUUGAAUCUCAAUCAUCUUCCGGCUAAUUCCUCAGUUUCCGGCGACGCAUCUCAGCCACUACCGUGGCCUUUCGAUUCGAAUUCUCAAAGAGAUCAACAAAAUUUGAAAGACUGAAACUUCGGUGUUGCGAGAGAGAGAUGGCAUGAGCAGUGAAACACUGAACGUGUCUUCCAUAUCAGGGACACGACUCUGUCGACUACAGACUUAUGUCAUGGAUCCCUCGUUGCUUUCCAUUUUCUCUUCCAAUUUUAAAUUUUUUAAAAACAUUUCUGCAUUUUAUCGAUUUUUUAGUUUCUAUAAAUCUUGAAAGAACUCCCAUAUUUUUAUCGAAUUCCUACAUAACGAUGUGUUUGCAUUACCUCUUUUCUUUUAAUGCAUGUUUGCUUCUAAAUUUGCUUCUAAAUGUUGUCUUGUAUUUUGAUAUUUUACACCAAAAAUUCAUGGGGAUGGACAAUGAUCCUUCUUCCACGUGGACCUCCAUGUCUUUUCUCAUUUCCCAAAGAACAUUAGCACCUGCAAGUUCAACCUUCGAAUAAAUGAAGAUUUAAAUAUUGUGCAUACAAACAAAAUCCACAGAAGUAAAGGAUUUUAGUAUUAUUUUUGCAAAUUUAUUUGUGAGACAGUGAGAGUAAGAAAUGAAAAACCCAUAAAACAUUUUAGUAAAGUAAGUAAAUGUGUGGCAGAUGAUCCCAGGAUAACUAUGUGUAUUUUAGAUUUUUUUCCUUUAUUUUUGUUGGAAAAAGUUGGAGCGAGAGAGAAAGCCUGGCUUGUUUUUUUGCAAGUUUUGUGAUCACUUUCAUUGAAUUCCCUUUCGUGAAAAAGAGUUGUGAGAGAAGAAAGGAAACUGUUCAUAGUGGGGUUUUGUGAGAGUUGAGUUGACCCAUUUCCAGCCCAACCGACCAUGGCACUCCCGUGAGAGGGACCAGAGGAAAAUUAAAAGGACACUUUAUCCAGCACACAUCCUUCUUUUCUCUUAUCCUACACCCUCAUCCCCACUGUCUACUCUCCCAAUCUUCCCAAUAUUUUCUUAGGGAUCACUACCCUACCCUACCAGGCUACCUUGCAUUCAGUUUGUGGGUUAUUCAAAACCAACCUCUAACCAUAACCGUUUAUGCCCGCUUUGACACUUCCCGCAGUUCUCUGUGACCCCAUUUGCACCAGAUGUUGUUUACCCCCUUCCUAAUUUCAUUGCCAUGGCCUGAUCUGCUUGGAUUGCGGCUUCUUUCCAUGAAAACACAAUACCCUUUUGAGAUUGUUUGUUGUAAUUCUCAAAUUCAUUCUCAGUUAGAUCUGAGUCUCUGUAAAGAUAUUUAUUGCAGAGAAAGGUAUCUUCUUUUCAAGCAACAGGCGGUAUUCCAUUGAUUAUUGAAUGUGGGAUUAAAUGAAAGCCUAGGCUGUCAAGUAUGUAAAUUUAGCUUAGAUGAAAGAAUCCAUCAAUGUGGUCUAAUUCGGAUAGUGUGGAUGGAUGCUCGUGAACCAGAGCUAGCAGCACUAAAGAAGCCAAGACCACCGUUGGUUCCGGCCGAAAAGAAUAAUGCAGUCACCACUCGCCGUCCUCGAACGAGGGAAAUUAGUUCCAGGUAUAAGUCACCCACUCCAACUCCCUCAACACCUUCUGGUACUCGGCGUUGCCCAUCUCCAAACCUUACAAGAACAUUGCGUCCAUCCGCACAAUUGGUGCCCAAGAGAUCCCAAUCUGUGGAUAGGAAGCGUCCUUCCACACCCACUUCCCCGCCAAGUCCAUCAACGCCGGUCCAGGAUUCUUCUGUAGAUGUGCAAUUAUCAUCCAGAAGAACAGGGAAUGGUCGGACGCCGGAGAGUUUAUGGCCUUCCACUAUGAGAAGUUUGAGUGUCUCCUUCCAGUCUGAUACCAUUUCGAUUCCUGUCAGUAAGAAGGAAAAACCAGUUAGUAGUGCUCUGUCCGACCGCACUCUGAGGUCAUCUUCGAAUGUGGCACAUAGACAGGCCGAAACACCUGCUCCUCGAAAGCUUACACCAGAGAGAAAAAGGAGCCCUCUUAAAGGGAAAAAUGCUGCUGAUCAAUCGGAGAAUUCUAAACCAGUCGAUGGUUUGCAUUCCCGAUUGAUAGAUCACCAUCGAUGGCCAAGUAGAAUAGGUGGGAAAGUAUCUUCCAAUUCCUUAAAUAGAAGUGUGGAUCUUGGUGCUAAGAUUGUCAGGCUUGCUACACCGGUUCCAGGAGUCGGUUUGUCUGCGCUGAGGAGAUUGCCCACGUCUGAUGCUUUGGGUAAUAAAUCUUUACAAAAAUCUUCUAGUGAUGCUGCCGCGUUAUUAUCACUUAAUGAAAGUGGUAGAGCAGGACUUCGAGCAAAUUUAGUUGAUGAUAAUUCCCUGCAUGUAUCUGGACCUCACAAGCUUGUCUUUAGUAGCUUAUCAGACAGGUUAUCAUUAACAACUCCUGCAGUCAGAUCUCAAUCUUUGCCUGCUACUGCAUCGCGACCAUCCUCACCUAGUAAGAGCUCAAUGUUUUCAUCCUCUGUUACAAGAGGCCUUAGUCCUUCUCGAACAAGACCAUCUACUCCUCCUUCUAGAGGAGUUAGUCCAUCUAAGACAAGGUCGUCCAAUAGUUGUAGUCAAUCAAGCAGUUCAACUUCUGUGCUUAGUUUCGUUGCGGAUUUUAAGGGGAAAAAGGGUGCAAUUUACAUUGAAGAUGCUCAUCAUCUGCGCUUACUUUACAAUAGAUAUUUACAAUGGCGAUUUGCUAAUGCCAGGGCUGAGACUGUACUUUAUAUUCAGAAAGUAACUGCAGAGAGAACACUUUUGAAUGUAUGGAACACUACGCUGAGCUUGUGGGAUUCAGUAAUCAGGAAAAGAAUCAUUCUCCAGCAGUUGAACCUUGAGCUUAAGCUGAACUCAGUAUUGAAUGAUCAAAUGGCCUACCUUGACGACUGGGCUGUACUUGAAAGCGAUCAUAUUGCUGCUUUCUCAGGGGCUAUGGAAGAUUUGGAGGCAAGCACACUCCGUCUUCCAGUGACUGGAGGGGCAAGGGCAGAUAUUGAUUCUCUGAAGGUAGCUAUCUGCUCAGCUGUUGAUGUGAUGCAGGCAAUGGCAUCCUCCAUAUGCUCUUUGCUCUCAAGGGUGGAGGGCGUGAACAGUUUGGUUUCGGAACUUGCUGUUGUAGCAGCACAGGAGAAAGUCAUGCUUGACGAGUGUGAAGCGCUAUUGGCUUCAGCAGCAGCUAUGCAGGUAGAGGAAUACAGCCUCAGAACCCAUCUCAUACAAAUGAAACAAGACUUGGGAAGCGUGAGCGUCCAAUUUUGGCAACCAAGACAGCUUCUUGACCCUGACUAGUUUCUAAGGCAAUAAUAACAUCAUAAGUAAGCUUUGUCAAUUCUGAAGGGUUAAAAUACCUGGGCAGAGAGAGAUAAAUGUCUCUCCUCGGUUCUCUCUGUGAAUGUAAAUUGAUUUUUUAGCCUUGGAAUGUCAUCUUGUUCCAUUCCAUUUUCCCCCUUCUUUUCUGAGCAAAGAGCCAUUGGCUCCGUGCUUUCCCACUGUAAUUUUUUUGUAUUACGCAGAUGAAAAGAAAAUGCAAAGGAAGCAAAGGAUUUGAAUUCCAUGUAGAAGCAAAAGUUUCACAGGAAAUGAAAUAGGAAAAUACUCGUAACCAA